GAAAGCCGCGUUCUUUCGUACGAACGAAACGCAUUUGUGUGCUACGAACGACGUCGUACGAUACGGUAAUCGAGCUUCGGCUCGCUAACAAGUAUCGGCAUUGCUCGCAAUUAGUACCGUUUAGCGGGAACAAUCUAAAUUUUCGAAGCGUUUCGACAAAUAUGUAUAUUCCGGGCAGUCUCGCGAGCAAAGGAUGAUGCAGGCGUCAUUAUCGGUUUACGGUCCACGUAACUCUCGCCCGUUCGUACUCGUUACGCUCUAAAAGAUCGCCCUAUAAAUUCUGUCGCCAUGUAAAAGUCUCAUAAAAUAAUACGGAAUCUACCGGUACGGUCUUAUAACAAUCCAUGCGAUAUCGUUGAAAACUCAACGCUCUCUUGCCGACUGUCUCUCGGCUUUAUCGAAAGUCGACGAAAUUUCUCGUAACGUCUCGUAAAUCUCGUAAGGUUUUUCUUUACUUUCUUUCUUCGCUUUCUUUCUUCACUUUCCCUUUUUUCUCUUCCGUGACUCUCGACUCGAGAAAGACAUGUCUCGUAUCCGUCCCUUAUGCGAAUUUCGUCUCUCCGUGAGAAAAAAAGUCGAUAUGUAUAUAUCGUAACGGCGCGUACCACUCGUGCGUAUUUAGCUUCGUAUUUAGCAAUUUUCGUUCGGCGUAGAAAUUAAAAGGACGCCGCCAUUAUCGAUAACUCAUUAGGACGAUGUACGCUCGACCGAAUGAAAUUUAUAAUUUCGAGAAACGACCGAAACGUUACGCGUUUGUCCAAUCGAGAGCAAUCGAUUAUCUCCUUCCACUGGAUGGUAAAACGAACGCGUUUACAAUGUACGUAUAUCGCUUCAUUCUUCGUUUUGCAAAGUGCUAAUAACACGUGCAAGUAAAAUGAAACUGCAUUCCCGGUCGAAGGAACAUCGGUGCGAGUACGAUAGAAACGGUCAGAAACGAAAGAAGUAACUCGUGCCUCGCUUUUUAGUCUUUCGUAUUUCUUUCAUCGGGUCGUCCCGAACGAGGGCCUUCGAUCCUUUCCCCAAAGAUAACGAGUAAGCAAAGUUAUAACGUCGGAAUAGAAACGCGGUUUCCUUAAUUUUCGCAAAGAGAAUUGUGCGCGAUCGUCCUGUCCGCUUUCCACGCUAGAAACAAACUAGGCUACGCGUCUAUAAUGCGCGUUUCAUUCCACUGACGCGGUUCUGAUGAUAACGUCACAGUUUCCAGGAUCCUUUCAGAGCGAUUUAAACGAAAGUUUGUCAGUUUAACGCCGACACGGUCGACUAGUUUUACACGCGCUGCAAAUUAUCAUCGAUAAACCGUCUUCUACCUCGCUAGCGCGAAGGAAUAUACUUAAAAACGUUUUACCUUCGCGCGCACACUCGAUUUAUAUUUCGAGAGAAACGAUUAAGAGCGUGACUUCGAAAUAGAGGACAAAAAGGACGAGUAAGAGGGAAAAAGAGAAGGAGGAAGAGAAGAAGAAGAAGAAGAAGAAGAGAAAGUAGUUGGCCGCCCUGCUAAAAAUUCAAACUCGCGAAUUUACUAGAGAAUAAAUUUCCAACUUUCAGUCAGAAGGCGAAUCCUCUCUGGCCUCAUCCAAGCACGGCCAACCUGAAAAGUUUGACGCAUUGUCGGUGAAUAAUCGGAAGCGAUUGUCACGCUACCUUCGAAUAAAGAAGAGAGAGAGAGAGAGAGAGAGAGAGAGAGAGACCGUGAAAGGGGGAGAAUUUUAAACGCGUUUCUUUCCUUCUCGCGACGAGCGCAUCCGUGCGUAAAUAUUAAUCCGUAAGUUCGUUCGUAACUCAUUUUGCUUGGAUAUCUAAGCAAAUGGCUAACGUUACAAAUUCUGAAUCUAAGGAAUCAACGGGAGCUACGUCUACCCCGAUGACGAUUACCACGGAAAUAGAGAACAGCAAGUAUUUGCCUUCCUCUCAUGGAAGAAUCAACGGUCCGAGAAGGGAAAGCAGCGGAUUUAACGCCGUUAUCCAUCACAAACGAGGCCUCCUAGGAGCUCUUAUUUCUGGAAUAGGCAGUAAUAUGUCGCUGCCUUCUUGCAUGCCGCACGAUCAGGAUAUCUCGCAAGGACACGCCCCGAGCGUAGGACUACCGAUAUCGCUUCGUACGAAUCCAAAACAUUUAGAAAAUCAAACAAACAAUCAGUAUCAGUCCGACGAUGAUCGUCGAAAGUUGCGAACGAAUUAUUUGCGAUUAACGCCGGUCAAUACGGCUUGCGCGUCUUUGAACGCUCUCGACGUCGAUAAAGCGAAAGCACCGAUCUUGAAAGUCAUGCAAUCCACGGAACACGAAUCAAAACAUAAACAUCCGAGAGAGUUGAUAUCCACCGUAAGCAUGCUUUACGCCAAACUGUUGAUAGUGAUAGGAUUCGCGUUGCCAGUUACAGCCAGCGUCAGUCAUAAAGUACCGAUCGCUUUGAAUCAGGGGUUUUAUUUAUACCUCUACCUUGGAAGCGUUACUUUCGUGAUCACCAUGUACGCCAGCAUGCUGAAAGACAAAGCUGUAAAAAAGCUGAUACUGCAGGGCAAAAGACAGGAGGAGACCUUUACCUUUGAUGAAAAGGGUGCACGUGUUCACACCAGCCAGGCGCAACAAUAUGGAAGCUUUUGUUUGAGAUUCGGCGCUGUAGGAUUUGGUGCCGGUUCAUUGGUAUUUACCGGAUUGCAAAUUGGGGCGGAAAUAGCUUCCGGGCCAUUCAGGGCGAUUACACCAGCCGCUAGAUUACUCCUGAUCACAGCUCAGAUGCACUUUAUAUUCCUUAACAGUAAAAAUCUUGAGUUUGCGAGACUCGGUGCACUCGCGAAAUUAGGCCUGAUGCAUAUGAUCGCGACGAAUCUCUGCGAGUGGCUUCAGGCUCUCAUCGAGGAGACGCACAACGAGAUCGAUCAACUGGGCCACGCAUACGAGGGUGACGAAGGGAUUCUGAAAUCGCUCUUAAGCGACGCCAGUCCCUUUCUCUUCCCUUGCACGAUCGAGUUCAGUCUGAUAUGCGCGGUAAUACUUUUCGAAAUGUGGAAGAGAACGGACGAAAGAACCGAAACGAAGAGCGAACAUUCGGCAAGAUCGAUGCAUAGACUCAGUAUCGAUUGCACCAGUGCUCAUAGAGGCCUCUUUGGUGGAAUACUUUUAGUAGCUGCUACGAUUUUAAGUUUGAUCAUGUUUUUCGUUUUGAAAGAAGCAAAGCACAAGAUGGCGAUACAACAAGUUACUGCCCUAGAAGCCGCGAUCUUAUCCUUAGGUGUAGCCGCUUCUAUAUCCGGUGCUUGGAAGAUUCGAAAUUUGGAGGAAAAAGUAUCUUCGAAAGCUCCGCGACUGGACUCGACUCUUUUGGCGGCAGCUCAGGCUGGAAUUUAUUUGCAUUGUCUUUUUGGAAUAGUCGGUAGCCUCUUAACCAUGGGUCCGAUGUGGGUGCUGUCUUUGAUUACGGAUUUCUUAACCUUGGUGCAGAGCACCUGCCAAACUUUACUCGUUAAAAUCGCAUGGAGACGACGUUGCACCACUGGAAAGGAGAAACCAGGCAAAGAACUGAUCACGUUCCUCAUCGUCGUCAACAUAGCUCUGUGGACGGUGAAUACCUUGGAGAAGUCUCGCGCCGGUGUACGCCCGGAUCAUCUUCGUUUGUUCGGUGUUUGGGCUUGGACCAUCAUUACCCAUGUCUCCAUGCCGCUCGCGAUCUUUUAUCGAUUCCAUUCCGCAAUUUGUCUCUUCGAGGUAUGGAAGAGUUGCUACAAGUACAGACCGUACAACGAAAACGCUCGUACGCUCUGUUGAAAGGCUGUCCCUGAAUCGAUUCUCCGUCUAUAACGUAGUCCUAGCAAAUAUUUUCUACUACGUAUUAAAUUGAAAAUAUCUUUGGCGUAAAAAGAAAGUAUUUUCUUUUAACAGGGAGAAACCUCUACUUUCUUUCCAACCUUUUCGAAUAAAAUAAAAACACGUUCGUCGAUCA